AUGCCCAACAAUGAUACUGUGAGUGUGUUUAACGGCGUUAAUCAAUAUUUCACUAUAGUUGACAAUGAUUAUUUGGAAAUUGUCCGAACUGGUAUUCUUACUAUAGAGGCAUGGUUUCGACCUGACACACUACAGUUCGACCAUGAGGAAGGAAGUGGCUAUGUCUGGUGGAUGGGAAAAGGGAACAGCAACCAACAAAGUUGGGCUGCUAGGAUGUACAGUUAUAAUAAUACAGAAGGACGUUUUAAUCGUAUCAGUGGUUAUGCAUUCAACUUGACCGGUGGCUUAGGUGCUGGAAGUUAUUUUCAAGAUAACGUUACCGUCGGAGAAUGGAUUUUGUACACUCUCACUAUUAAUACAGUUAACGUUAGUAGCAUUUAUCCAACUGGAUAUACGAAAAUUUUCAAGAACGGAAAUGUGCGUGAUCAAGACUCAUUAUUAGGAUACGUUUCCUGGAUUAUUAUGGCAUAUAAUAAUACAUCUGAUUCAGAUGUAACUGAAACUUUUACAGAUUCUGAAUCAGAUGAUGAAAUAGAUAUUGGUUCUGUUUCAAACUCUGAUAAUGAAUCAGAUAGUGGAGACGAAGAACAAAAUAAAGAAGAAUUUUUCGAAGAGCAAAGAUGGAAAGAAGAGUGGUUUGAACCAAAAACAUUUACAUUUGACUCAAGUGAAUCUGGUAUUAGUUCAUAUAUACCAAAAAAUGAUGAAAAUAGACCAGUAGACUAUUUUCGUUUGACAUUUGACCAUACUCUGAUACAAAAAAUUGUUCAAGAGACAAAUAAAUACUAUUUCUAUGCAAUAUGA